GCGGGUGCGUGUCCCCAGAGCCCCCUUGCUGCACAUCUCACUCUGAUCUCACUCUGUCCCUCUGUGACACAGAAACUGCUGGGGGCCACAUGUUCCUCCUCCUGCUGCUGCUGGCCAAGGUGCUGACAAGAACCCAAGCUGACCCUGUCCCCAGGGCCACCAGGCUCCCAGUGGAAGCAAAGGAUUGCCACAUUGCUCAGUUCAAGUCCCUGUCCCCCAAGGAGCUGCAGGCCUUCAAAACGGCCAAGGACGCCAUUGAAAGGAGGCUGCUUGAGAAGGAUGUGAGGUGCAGCUCCCACCUCUUCCCCAGGGCCUGGGACGUGAAGCAGCUGCAGGUCCAGGAGCGCCCCAAGGCCUUGCAGGCUGAGGUGGCCCUGACACUGAAGGUCUGGGAGAACAUGACUGACUCAGCCCUGGCCACCAUCCUGGGCCAGCCUCUUCGCACACUGAGCCACAUCCACUCCCAGCUGCAGACCUGUACACAGCCUCAGCCCACAGCAGAGCCCAGGCCCCCGAGCCGCCGCCUCUCCCGCUGGCUACACAGGCUCCAGGAGGCCCAGAGCAAGGAGACCCCUGGCUGCCUGGAGGCCUCUGUCACCCUCAACCUCUUUCGCCUGCUCACCCGGGACCUCAAGUGUGUGGCCAGUGGAGACCAGUGUCUGUUCGCAUCUGGAAACCUCACCUGUGUCUGUCUCCUUGCCCCGGUGUAG